AUCACCCUUCGUUAAAGCCUCUGCUUAGACCCUAGCCGUACCUUUCUCUCUCUCUUCUAUAUUUUUCGUUUCCCUGAAAAUAAUUAGAAAGAAUUCAAUUCAAAUAACCAUUGGAGUCUUGUUUGUUUAUUUAUAUUCUCUUAAACUGAAAAUAGAGAUAGCAAUAAUUGUAAUAAAAAGAUAAGGAUGCAGCAAAACAACGGUUCGGAUUCGCAAUCACCAACACAACCUUCGCAGGAACAGAACCAGCGACAACAACAACCGCUACAAUCGCAUCCGCAGUGGGUGGCGAUGCAGUAUCCGACAACAGCUAUGGUAAUGCAGCAUCAGAUGAUGCAACCGCAGCACUUUGUGGCGCCGCCACCUCCACCUCAGCACUACAUGCCUUAUCACCACCAUCAUCACCAAUACCAGCACCACCAUGGCAACGCGCAACACGCACAACAACAGCAAGGAUCCAACGAUGGCGGUGAGAACAAAACCAUUUGGGUUGGUGAUUUGCAUCAUUGGAUGGACGAGAACUACCUUCAUAGUUGUUUCGCUUCCAUCGGCGAGAUUUCAUCAAUUAAGGUCAUUCGCAAUAAGCAGACUGGUCUGUCAGAAGGAUAUGGAUUUGUGGAAUUUUUUUCGCAUGCAACAGCAGAGAAAGUUCUCCAAAAUUAUAGUGGCAUUUUGAUGCCUAAUAUGGAACAACCUUUCCGUCUGAACUGGGCAACUUUUAGCAUGGGAGAUAAGCACUCAGAAAAUGGUCCUGAUCUUUCUAUUUUUGUAGGAGAUUUAGCUGCAGAUGUUACUGAUAGCCUAUUGCAUGAAACCUUUGCUAGUAAAUAUCCUUCUGUUAAAGCUGUAAAAGUCGUAAUUGAUGCUAAUACUGGUCGAUCAAAGGGUUACGGUUUUGUGAGGUUUGGGGAUGAUACUGAGAGGUCACUUGCCAUGACGGAAAUGAAUGGUGUAUAUUGUUCAAGCAGGCCUAUGCGUAUUGGUGCUGCAACUCCCAGGAAAUCAUCUAGCUAUCAGCAACAGUAUUCUUUACAAGGUGGUUAUGCAUCAAAUAGUGCUUCAUCCCAAUCUGAUGGAGAUUCGUCAAACACAACAAUAUUUGUUGGAGGGCUUGACCCUAAUGUGACUGAAGAAGAUCUUAGGCAACCUUUCUCUCAAUAUGGUGAAAUAGUCUCUGUUAAAAUACCUGUUGGAAAAGGAUGCGGGUUUGUACAAUUCGCCGGGAGGAACAAUGCUGAGGAGGCAUUGCAAAAGUUGAAUGGGACUAUAAUUGGCAAGCAAACAGUGAGACUCUCUUGGGGACGCAAUCCUACAAAUAAGCAGUUUAGAGCAGAUUAUGGUAACCAAUGGGGUGGAGCUUACUAUGGAGGAGCGGUGUAUGAUGGCUAUGGAUAUGCUUUUCCACCACCUCAUAACCCGGGUAUAUAUACGGCUGCGUAUGGAGUUUAUCCAUUCUAUGGCAGUUACCAGCAACAAGUAAACUGAGAUAAUAAUAAUAAUAAUAAUAAUAAUAAUAAUAAUAAUAAUAAUAAUAAUAAUAGGAGAGAAGUAGCUCUAGUAAGUAGACAACUCACACUAGAGGAGAGGCGUAGCUCUCUUGGUUGGGUAGAAUUCUUAUAUAAAUCCCUCCAGGUGUGGAGCGGAACUGAAUUUUGACCCCCCCCCCCAAGUAGUUUUUUGUAGGGUUUGGAUUCAUUAUUGGUUUAAUCUUUUGUGAGUGAAAAGGGACACUCGGUGAUUCGAAUAUAUGACAUAGCUAAGGUUUGAGGUCGUGUGCUCCAUGAAUAAAUAUGAACUACGGCUACUAGUCGAUCAGUUCGUUCGUCGGGUCAGUCCAAAUUUAAUAAUUAUGAUUCAUAUUUAGUUGGAAGAAACUAUUGUUAACUUGGAUUACGUUUCAGCUUCGUAUAGAAUAUUAUUUAUAUCUUCCUCAUUUGAAAA